UCCCAAUUUGUAAUGAAAUCCAAAACCCUUUGCAAAAUUUCCUACUCUUUCUCUGUGGGCUAUCCUACUCCCUUUGGUGCAAGACCUCUCUUCUUACGUGUCACAACCACCUUCAUCCUACACUUGUACUCUCUAUACAAAAAGCUCUGCAUUCACUAUCCUCUUCGCUCUUCUCCCUUCUAUAUAUAUUAACAUUUUUCCCACCCUUUUGUGCUUAAAAUAUCAGCCAAAACCAAAACAAAACAAAAACAAAGUCUCACAAAACCCAUUUCCAGUCUCUCUCACAUUUCUAUACCACCGCCCUUUCUACCUAACAGGAAUCCUUCAUUUUUAUCCUCUUUUUUUUUUUUAAUGUUAUUACUUCCUUCCUGAUAAGCUUUUUCUGUUUGGCUUGGCGGUUUUCCAAUUCCGAUUUAGCCCAAAAAAACAAAAAAAAAAAUUUUGAUUCUCUUUCUUGCUUUACGGCAAAGCUAGUUGUGUAAAAAGAUUUCGUUGUACGGCGCAGCUUGCAAAUGCGCUUUCUCUCUAAAACCGGUCAUUUUUGUGAAAAUAGAUUCUCGGGAAUUUGUAUUCACUCAGCGUCCGAUUUUCCGUUUCCAUGGAUAUGUGCAGGUUGAGAGAGAGAGAGUCAACGAAUUAGCGAGCGAGCGCGUGAGCGAGUGAUCCUGUGAGACCCGUGAAGAGAAAUCAAAAUGCCUCACAGAACCACUUACUUUUUCCCGAGGCAAUUUCCAGACCGUGGACUUGAGCCAGCCUCAUCGUCACCCAAACAAGUCUUAGAUCACGAAAAGCAAAAAAUCAUCAACAACUCAUUCAGCACCACCAUCACCGCAAGCAAAAGCAGCAAAAGCGCUUUCGUCGUCGAAAGUGACAGAAACGAUGAUUUCACGAGCGACGAUGUGGACACCUUUCUUUCUCAUCAAACCAAGAGCAAGAAAAAGCAACAGUUCGCUGCUUUUUGCGACUGGUUAGUUGAGAAGAAGACCGAGCUUCGAUCCAAUCUUCACGUGAAUAAUAACAACAACAACAACAAUAAGUCUUCGUUUUCAUGUGACGAAGAUCAAGAUCGCAAUGAUCGCGAGCUUUUGCUAUCACCACAACCACAACCAGAGCAGGAGCAGCAGCAGCCACGUGGCAUUGAGAGGAGCUUGGAGCUGUUGGAUCGGCAAGUUUCGCUGCCGAGGCUUUCGAGUACCGAUGAGAGCAGUUACGCUGGGAGCUUGUUCUCUGGAACGACGACGUUUGAUGGGAACUUGUCGUCGAGCGCGAGCGGUGUUAAGGACUCGACGAAGGAAGAAGAGGAGGAGGUGGUGGUGGUGGUGGUGGAGGAUACUAAGGAGGAGAGUUUGGCUCAGAGAGCGAAGCAAAGUUACUACUUACAGGUUUCGUUGGCUAAGAGACUCGGUGCUCAGGCUGGUCUUGCUUGUCAAAUGCCUGCGGUUGUGGAUGAGAGUAGCACUGGACCUCAAGUUUCAGAUGCUGAAACUGUUUCCUAUCGUCUCUGGGUUAGUGGUUGCUUGUCUUACACUGAUAAGAUAUCAGAUGGUUUCUAUAACAUAUUGGGAAUGAAUCCAUAUGUGUGGCUGAUGUGCAAUGAUGUGGAGGAAGGUAGUCAGUUGCCACCAUUGAUGUCGCUUAAGGAAGUUGAUCACAAUGAGACAUCCAUGGAGGUGGUUCUUGUUGAUAGACGCGGGGACUCUCGGCUUAAAGAACUUGAAGAUAAGGCACAAGAACUGUAUUGUGCUUCAGAGGAUACCUUUAUGUUGGUGAAGAAGCUAGGCAAACUUGUUGCUAUUUACAUGGGGGGCACUUUUCCAGUGGAGAAUGGAGAUCUCCACUUGCGCUGGAAAUUGGUCAGCAAGAGAUUGAGGAAUUUUCGGAAAUGCGUUGUGCUCCCUAUUGGCAGUCUAUCUAUGGGACUUUGCAGGCAUCGUGCAAUUCUUUUCAAGAAGUUGGCAGAUUACAUAGGUUUGCCAUGUCGGAUUGCUCGGGGCUGCAAGUACUGUGUGGCUGAUCAUCGCUCUUCUUGUCUUGUCAAAAUUGAGGACAAUAAGCAGUCCUUAAGGGAAUAUGUAGUUGAUCUAGUUGGGGAACCAGGAAAUGUUCAUGGUCCAGAUUCCUCAAUCAAUGGAGGAUUGCUUUCUUCAGUGCCUUCACCAUUACAAAUUUCUCAUCUAAAAGAAUUCCAGCAACCUCAGGUGGACAGUGCAUCAUAUUGUCAAAUUCUAAACUCAGAGGAGCAGACGUGUGCUCCUAAAAAUCCUUUAUUUUUAGGUUGCGGGGAAGAAUGUACACAAAUAAUGGAAUCUUCUCUGGCACCUUUCGAGGAAUCAUCUCUGACACCUUUUAAGUUGGAAGGGAAUGCUGAGAAUUUCAUACUUAACCGGCCAACUUUGCAAUCUUCCCAGGGCAGUAUUUCUGAAUCUCUGGAUUCUGCUCCUGAGCAAAUCUUACAUGAAUUUUCUAGGCUUAGUGUUGGUGAAGACAAAGUUAUGAUCAAGCAAACUAACACAGAACAGAUAUUUGUACCUGGAAGUCCAGUUAUAAAAAACAGUGUCAAGCAACCAAAAGGCAGCUUAUUGAGUGAGUCAGAUCUGAAGGAUGUUGAUAGAAGACUUGUUAAACAAGGGAAAUUUCCUUCUGUAACCAACCAAAAGUACUUGAAUCUUGAACCGUCUCUUGCAAUGGACUGGCUAGAGAUAUCAUGGGAUGAAUUACAUAUCAAAGAGCGUGUUGGUGCUGGCUCCUUUGGAACCGUGCAUCGUGCUGAAUGGCAUGGAUCGGAUGUAGCAGUCAAAGUUCUUACUAUGCAGGAUUUCGAUGAUGAUGACUUGAAGGAGUUUCUAAGAGAGGUUGCAAUAAUGAAACGUGUAAGGCAUCCGAAUGUAGUUCUCUUCAUGGGUGCAGUUACAAAGCGUCCACAUCUAUCAAUAGUGACGGAAUAUCUGCCCAGAGGUAGUUUAUUCCGCCUCAUACACAAGCCAGCUUCUGGUGAAAUGAUGGAUAAUAGGAAGAAAUUACGCAUGGCAUUGGAUGUGGCCAAGGGGAUCAAUUAUCUUCAUUGUCUUAAUCCUCCUGUCGUGCACUGGGAUCUUAAAUCUCCAAAUUUAUUGGUCGAUAAAAAUUGGACAGUAAAGGUAGCCGAUUUUGGUUUGUCCAGAUUCAAAGCAAACACUUUCAUAUCAUCGAAGUCUGUUGCUGGAACACCUGAGUGGAUGGCUCCAGAGUUCCUUCGUGGAGAACCAUCAAACGAGAAGUCUGAUGUUUACAGUUUUGGAGUGAUCCUGUGGGAGCUAGUAACCAUGCAACAGCCCUGGAAUGGUCUUAGCCCUGCACAGGUAGUUGGAGCUGUUGCUUUCCAAAAUAGAAGACUCACUAUCCCACAGAAUGUCUCCCCAGUCUUGGCAUCCCUUAUGGAAUCUUGCUGGGCCGACGAUCCCGCUCAACGCCCAUCUUUUCCUAGUAUAGUAGACUCUCUAAAGAAGUUGCUGAAGUCACCUGGGCAGUUAAUACAGAUGGGUGGAAAAUAACAUAGGAGUACUCAAUGCAAGGCCACUCCAUAAUAUAUAUGAAAAUAUGGAAGAUUCUCCAAUUCGCUGAGGUGAUUUGGCGAAGUUAAAUAAC